AUGCAAAAUGCAGCGGCGUUCUUCCUAACUUUGUGGGGUCGUCAACCCCCAGACCUACAGCAGCAGCAGCAGCAGCAGCAGCAGCAGCAGCAGCAGAAGCACAGCCGAGGGGAUAGCAGGAGGAACAGCAGCAGCAGGAGAGGCAGUAGCAGCAGCAGCAGCAGCAACAGCAGCGGGGACGAAGAGAGAAAUUAUAUAACAAAACUGCUGAUGAGAUGCACCGUCGGAGCAGCAGCAGCAGCAACAGCAACGGCAACAGCAACAGCAGCAGCAACAGCAACGGCAACAGCAACAGCAGCAGCAGCAACUGCAGCAGCAGCAGCAGCAACUGCAGCAACAGCAGCAGCAGAACAUCCAUCUUGA